GACUGCGCUCCUCACUUACUUCACACGCCAUUCUUUGAUCACCACACUGACUUCUGGUGUCUCACAGUUUGUUUCCGCACAUCUGCUCCGCCUCCACGGCACCUCACUUUCCUUGACCCUGCCGCAGGCAGCCGCGAUCAGCAGCCUGCCGGCAAAAUCAGCAUCCGCACCCGAAACCUGCACCCACGCCGACCACGCAAAAGAAGCACCCCUCCUUGCAGCACCAACUCGACCUGCAAUCAUGGAUUCGAUGCGCAGCCUCAACACCUCGCUCCCCAGGACCAGACGUCGACAAACAACUCCGCAGCCCGACACCCACAAGGCGUUUAAGGAAACGGCAUUGGCUGUCACCAACCUGUACCGAACCGCCCUCGCAGACAUCGAACGCUCUCGCUCGGAUGGCUACCAGCAGGCGCUGGAGGACCUGCUUGGAUUUCUGGACAAGGAGAACCUGGGCGUAGGAGACGGAGAGGGAUGGCGCAUCAGGCAAUGGGCCACGGAGCGCCUAGACGGGGCGCUGCCGCUGAGUUCGACCAGCGACACCGACGAGGACAUAACCGAAGAACAGCGAGCACGCAGCUCCUCACCGAUCGUAGAGCAUGUGCCCGAGGAAAACCACUCGGUAGACGAGCCAGCAUCGCGCUGCGACUCAGCUCCUCCAGCUGCGACAGAGUCAGCCAACCCUGACGCUGACAUGGCACCGCUCCCGCCCAUGUUCCACUUCGCCGCACCCCAAGUCUACCCGGCUAACAACAACAAUAUGGACAGCGCCACGUACGACUUUGCCGCAGCCGCUCGUCGAGCCUUCCCAACACCCCGCCGAAACUCCAACAGAUCGUCCUCUCGAAGCCUACAACGCUCAGCUGCCCAAAACCUGGUGUCCCUUGGCAACGGUGCCGGCCAGAAGCGCAAGCUUAUGAACGACUUCUUCAACAUUGACUUCAACCACGACAGAAGGGACAGGGACGGUCCUGGCGGUGGGCCCAAGCGGGGACGGAUGACCUGAGAGCACGGCACGGCACGAUUAACGGCAUUUGCAUUGCGCACACCAGCGACGGCGUUUUCCAUACAUGGGGAUAGAAGGAACUAGGGGCUGUGGCAUCUGCGUCAGCAUUUUGUGGGAAGGAACAUUUUCUUAUGAAGCUCGUAUGAUACCACACUGAGCCGAGGAUCGGCUCUCUUUUCUUUGAGGAAGCAUCGGAGGGAGUUUGUGCAGAUAGGCUUUACUGGCCUGUGAAUAUGCUGGUCGUACAAUAUAAUGCAUUGC